GCUUCCGAUCUUUCUCUCUCCGUCUCCACGCUUACGGAGAAGUUCCCCUGUUUCCUUUCCCCGAUUCCGAUCGGCAGUCGUCCUCCGCCUAAUCAGAUUCCGGCGAUAAUGGCUGAAGCAAACGCUAAUCCCGCAACUCCUGCUCCACUGACGAAAGAGGAGGACGCGAGGGCGGCGGUGAGAGUGGCGGAGAGGAAGACGAGAAUGCCGCCGCCGUUUCCUUUUUCCUCGGCGGAAUUUGAUUAGAAGAAGAAGAGGAAAGCUUAUAAGGGUUUAUUUUUUAUUUUUUAUACUACUCUCUAUUAUUUUUUAUUUUUUUAUUUAUUUUUUAAUUAAAAAUAUGAGGUGUCAUUGACGUGGCAUCUAUGUG